GAAGAAGCAGCGGGCGGGCAGUCAUCCCCGGUCCCUGCGUGUGCCGGCUCUCCACCUCCAGCCCGAGACUCCUUUUUGCGUUUCUGUCGCGGGCUCAUCCCCUCUCCCUGGGUGUAGAGCCGCAGUGCGGCCGCCAGUGAGCCCUUCCUUCUCCUCGGAGCCCGCACUGGGGACCACACGGGGUCGCCGCAGCGGUAGUCCAAGCGGCUGGCGACCACCGGUCCUAGAAACACGGGCUCCGCAGUGAACCGGGCGCCCGAAGUCGGCGGGGACACCCGGACAGGGCGAGCCACUCCGGGUCGGGUCGGCACUGGGAGAACCCCUAGCGGGUAGAGCAGCUGGCGCGGACACUCCAAUGGCCUCUGGGCUGAUCCGGGACUGGGACGUCCCGGGGCCUCCUGGAAGCGUAGGGUCGAACCCUUCUCUAGAGGGCUGUUCUCACUGUCCCAGCCCGGGAGCCUUCGCGGCGCGUGUGGGCGUCUCUCCGCCGCGACGCGCGCCUCCCCGGCCCAGAUAAGGCGGCCUGUGGGCGAGCGCGGCCCGGGGACCGCCCACUCGGAGCCCGCCUGCUGUCCUGGGAUCCUAGGCUGCGCGGCUGCUGGACACUGGUGGCCUUCGGGGGACUCGGGCUAAGCGCAGCGGGAGCCGGCGGAGCCGGGGGCCCUUUGGUCAGAAGGCUGACAUGAGGCACAGUUGCCUUCUCUUCUGGCAGCAGACUCGUGGGCCAAGAAGUACGACCAGAGUUUGAUGUUUGUGUCUGCUUCUCCAGGGUCAAGGAAUUAGCUCCUUAGAAGGCAACAGUACUAUGCAUGUUAUGAAUUGUGUCUCCCUGGCCAGCGAUAAAGAAAAUGGGACUCUUGCCACGGCAGCUGCAUUCAUGGCUGGGCAGACGUCACCCUCUGCAUCUCCUCCUCCUCCUCCACCGCCUCCACCUCCACCUUGUCCACAUUCAGGGGAGGGCUUCCUCCCCUCCCCACCUCCUCCUCUGCCACCCCCACUUCCUGGGGGACCUCUUAUCCCCCCUCCUCCCCCCGGACUACCCCCAGUUUCUCACGUGAAUGGCUACAGCUCCCUGGGUAAGAAGAAACGGAUGAGAAGCUUUUUCUGGAAAACCAUCCCAGAGGAGCAAGUUCGUGGCAAGACCAACAUCUGGACCUUAGCAUCCAAGCAGCAGCACCACUACCAGAUCGACAAGAAGACCAUUGAGGAGCUUUUUGGGCAGCAAGAAGACACCUCCAAGGCUUCUCUUCCCAGGAGAGGAGGCGCUUUGAAUUCAUCCUUCAGGGAUGCCCGGGAAGAGGUUACCGUCCUGGAUGCAAAACGAAGUAUGAACAUUGGGAUAUUUCUUAAGCAGUUUAAAAAGUCUCCUCAGUCCAUCGUAGAAGAUAUCCACCAAGGAAAGAGUGAGCAUUAUGGAGCAGAGAUGCUUCGAGAAAUCCUUAAGCUUUUGCCAGAGUCGGAAGAGGUAAAGAAGUUAAAGACAUUUAAUGGCGAUGUGUCCAAGCUCUCUCUGGCAGAUUCCUUUCUGCACUACUUGAUUCAGGUGCCAAACUAUUCACUUCGGAUCGAAGCCAUGGUGCUAAAGAAGGAAUUCUUGCCAUCUUGCUCUUCUCUAUACAACGACAUAACAGUUCUAAGAACUGCUACAAAAGAGCUGAUGUCAUGUGAGGAGCUACAUUCAAUAUUGCACUUGGUGCUCCAGGCUGGGAAUAUCAUGAAUGCAGGAGGGUAUGCUGGCAAUGCUGUAGGAUUUAAACUGUCUUCUUUGCUCAAAUUGGCGGACACAAAAGCAAACAAACCUGGGAUGAAUCUUCUGCAUUUUGUCGCUCAGGAAGCCCAGAAGCAAGAUGCCAUCCUCCUACACUUUUCCGAGAAGCUUCAGCAUGUGCAGGAGACAUCAAGAUUAUCUCUGGAUGUCACUGAGGCGGAGCUGCACUCGCUCUUGGUCCGAACAAAAUCGCUGCAGGAAAACAUCCAGCGGGACCAGGAGCUGUCUCAUCAGAUGGAAGAUUUCCUCCAGUUUGCUGUGGAAAAGUUGUCGGAGCUGGAACUCUGGAAACGGGAGCUGCAGGGCGAGGCUCACACCCUCAUAGACUUUUUCUGUGAAGACAGAGAGACGAUGAGACUGGAUGAAUGCUUCCAGAUAUUCCGAGACUUCUGUAUCAGAUUCAACAAAGCCGUUAAGGACAACCAUGACCGAGAGGAACAAGAGCGGAAACAGAUACAGAGGCUGAAGGAGCUGGAACAGAAGCGACAUUCUUGGACAACUGGAGAGCUCGGGGGCUUUGGCAGAAGCAGUAGUGAGAAUGACGUACAGAUGCUAGCCAAGAAGAGCACAGAAGACCUGCCGUCCUUUCUGAAGCCCAGGCCCGCCAGCCCCUCCUACCGCGUCCCCAACACCCGUCGCUCUCGCCUCUCCCUGGGCAUCUCUGCUGACCGAGAGCUUUUGACCUUCUUGGAGAGUGCCACCAGCAGUCCAGAGGACCCCAACAAAUUCAACAGCUUACCCCGAAGCAGUCCCAGACAGCCCCGGCCCACCAUCGCCUGGAUGGAGCCCAGAAAACAGCAGAACUGUGAUCCUAGCUUUGUACAUGAACCCCAGGCCUCAAAGAACCAGGAGAAAGCACCUCGCUUUGCUUGGCAGAGUCAGCUUCCCACAUCCCAGCUGGAGGAACCUGCACCUCCUUUCCCACUGACUGGACGGGGCAGGGCAAGCAUCCUCCGGAAAAGGAACAGUGAACCGGUGGGCUUGUGUCCCACACAAAGCCCUCCUCUCUUACCAUUGGAUCUGGGCAUCAGGGAGCAUGAGCUGGUCACAGGGCUGACCCAGUUUGACCUCCAGAGUCCCAAGAGUCUGGAGGAAGCAUCCCAACUGACUCUGAAUGACUUUUGUCCCGCAAAGCUGCAGUCUCCAGGGGAUCAGAGCUCACAGUCCUUUGAUGCUGGCGGUGACAGCCUCGCACCCAAGGACGCCGGUCCCCAGGAGGUUCUCAGCCCAGCUGGGGAGGAUGACAGGGCUGUCUCUGAUGAACCCAGCAGUGAGGCUCUUGUGUCUGUGGUUGUCACUGACAUUGAAGAUAAGGAUCCUCGGCCUCUGUUAUAUGUCUCGGAUACCACAGACUGCUCUCUGACUCUGGACUGCUCAGAGGGAACGGACUCCAGACCAGGAGGAGAAGAGCUGGAGGAAGACAGAGCAGGGGAUGGCUCAGUGUCUUCUGGGGCUGGAGAGGCAGGCAGCAGCCAGAUCUCCAACCCUGCCUCCAGAUCCCCUGGGGAGGUGCCUGCUCCCAACUCCAGUAAGAGUGAGCCCAGCUACCAGGGUGGCCUUCUGAAGGACAGACCCAGCAAAGGGAAGGAUGCCACAGCACCAAAGAGAAAUUCCCUCAAAGAGGCAUCACCGGGGGCCUCAAAGUCGGUCAGUGCCCGGCGCAGCCAAGGGGUAGCCCCCAAGUCUGUGAGAACCUUGAACUCCUCUGAGAAUGAGCACAUGCGCAAGGUGGUGCCCAUCUCCAAGUCCAGCAGGGGAGCAGGGUCCUGGAAGCGUCCAGAGCUGACAUCCAGGGCUUCCCCUCGGGAGACACCCAGCAGCACAGCCGACACACUGCUAUCACGAAGGAGCUCAGUGCGGGGGACCUCCGACACUUCGCCCAGGAGGCCCCACGUGAGUGGGCCUGGGACAGAGGAGCCUAGGCUGCCCCGCUCGAGUGGAAGCAUGAGUGGGCGGCCAGGGAAGGAGGCUGUGGUACAGCCCAGGGCCUCAUUUCGAAAGCCCAGCGCCAAGCCCCUCAGAAACAUCCCCAGACAGAAACCCGAAGAAAACAAGGUCAUCAGCCCCACCUCACAAGAUUCUGGAAGCCUCAUGGAAGAGCCCAAAGCACCUCAGACUCCGGGUGUCUCUCGGGCCCUUCCCCACGUCCCAAGCUUUGCUCGAAGUACGGUGGCCUCCUCAUCUCGGUGCAUGCGAACAGAUGCUCCACCUGUGUCCAGAGCUGCUGGCAUCACCAGGACAGUCUCCCAGCGGCAGCUUAGGGUCAAAGGUGGCCCCGAGGAUUCUGCCUCCAAGGACAGUGGUACUUUGAAGAGGGCCAGCAGCGCCAGGGCCUCCAAGAAGUGCCCUGAAUCUUCCGGGGGUUCAAGUGCCAAUGCAGAGACCCCACUGAAGGGCAGAGGGACUGCGGAGAGAUCCUCCUCUCUCAGAUUGAAGGACUCGGGGCAGGCUACCCUAGGGAGGCUCCUCCGUCCCCUGCAGAAGUGAUGGGGCCUGUCUACAUCUCUGCCUUCUGGGAUUUUUACCUACCAGGACUGGCUGCUGGGGUGAGGACAGGAGAAGCCAAUCUUGAAUGUCUUGUUACAACUUACAGGAGCCACCUGUUAAAGGUCACGUCACUAAAGGUACAUGGAGAUCUGUAGCCUGCUGUGCAGACUUCUGCUUUGAAAUCAAGGCUGAGAACACUCUGUUCUACACAGUGCUUUGCCAGGCCCCAGCACCUCCUGUCAUUCAUACUCAGGACCCUAACCCUAACUCCUGCCCGAGACAAAGAUCCGUAAUAGUCUGGACAUGUUAAGAUGACAAUUCUUAUGUAACAAGUAAAAAACAAUUUCUGGCCAGUUUUUAUAUAUCAAAGACUUAUUUUUUAAUAUUAUAAAAAUAAAAUGAUGUUUUAGUUGGUUCCUUUUUCAGAGUGAAAUGCCUCCCUGGGGAGGGAGUAUUAUCCUUAAUAUGAAGAUGUUUGUACCUUUGUGCCCCAGCCUCUGGGUUCCAUCUCACACACACACACACACACACACACACACACACACACACACAAUCCCUGGCCAGCCGUGGCCUCUCACAAGCUCUCGGGUGUUUGUAGGAUUGGGUCUGUCUCCUGGAGGACUUUAUGACUUCCUUGGGUUUUCUCCUCAAAUGACUCUGGGUGAGGAUUUUAUGUGAAAAGGAUGUCAGAUUUGUGUGGGUAGAAAUCUGAUGCUACUGUAAGUUCAGGGCGUCCCAAGGGUGUGAGAUUCAUGGGGGAGCCCAUGGCUGUAGGGAAGUUUGCCCAGAAGAUAGGGCCACCUAUAUUGGGUGCAGUCUGUGUCGUGUUUUAGUGGGAAUACAGAUGGGUCUGCUCAGCUGAGCAUAUCUUUACCUCAGUUUCCCAUCUGUGCAACUGAGUGACGAUCACUCCCUUUUGUCCCUCUGUGUGGAAAAGAAAAGGAUCCUUUCUGUGGCCCAGGCUUCCUUCUCUCCUGUACCCUCAAUGUCCCACCCCUACCUCCGUUAUUUUAUUUUAUUUUGCUUUUUGAGACUGGGUCUCACUGUGUAGUCGAGGCUAGCCUCUUACUUAGAGUCCUCCUGCCUCAGCCUCCUGAAAGCCUCCAGUGAUGGCUUCUUGGUGGCAGCUUCUCUUCCAGGGUAUAGUGCUUUUUAAGACCUGAGAAAAGCCAAACCAAACUUGGUUGGUUCAUUGUAAACAGACUCCCACCCCCAAGAAAACCUGAUUUCAAAAACUUUGCCAUCAGGGAAAUGUGUAUCGAGAUCAGGUGUCAUGAAGCAUGUGCCCGGUUAUCACCCAAU